AUGGGUAACGUCCAACCCACUAUUGUCCCGUAUGACGACUUUGACGUGGUGGCAGAUAUCAAAGCUAUUCGCAAAGCCUGCAAAGGAAUGGGAACUGAUGAGGAGGCUAUAAUAUCCAUUUUAGCCAAUCGUUCAGCAUUGCAGCGAGUGGAGAUUAAACAAGCAUAUUUUGAGAAGUAUGAUGAUGAGCUGGAGGAGGUCCUGAAGAGCGAGUUGACAGGUAGUUUUGAGAAGGCCAUUGUGGCAAUGUUAGAUCUCCCUCAUCGCUAUGCCGCCAAGGAGCUGAAGAGGGCCAUGAAAGGAGCAGGCACUGACGAGGACGUCCUGGUGGAAAUCCUCUGCACCAGUACCAACCAGGAUAUCGUGAACAUCAAAGAGGCAUAUGCCCAGGUGCAUGAGCGGGAUUUGGAAGCUGAUAUUGAAGAUGAUACCAGUGGAGAUGUCCGAAAUUUGUUGAUAUCUCUCUUACAGGCAAACAGGGAUGAGACGUAUGAGGUGGAUGAGGGACUGGCAGAACAGGAUGCCACAUCACUGGUUGAGGCGGGAGAGGGAAGGUUUGGUACAGACGAGUCCACCUUCACCUACAUCCUAACACGCAGAAACUACCUCCAGCUGCAGGCCACCUUCAAGAUCUAUGAAUCUCUCACAGGAACAGAAAUCCUGGAUGCCAUUGAUAGUGAAGCCACAGGGACACUGAAGGACUGUUACAUUACACUGGUGAGGUGCGCUAAAAACCCUCAGCUCUACUUCGCUCGCCGCCUGAACGCAGCCAUGGCAGGAGCCGGGACAGACGAAGACACGCUGAUCCGUAUCAUAGUGGGACGAUCUGAGAUUGACCUGGAGACCAUAAAGGACAUGUAUUUGGAGAAAUACGACGUUCCCCUGAAGGAGGCGCUGAGUUCAGACUGUGGGGGUGACUUCAAGCGCCUCCUUCUGGAGAUUCUGCACUGA